AUGGUUCGCCCGGCGGCGAACUACGCGGACGGCGUAGCUCAGGCCCUUGUGGGCAAGCUCGGGCAGCUGCUGAGCGAGGAGUACCACCUCCUCAGCGGCGUCCGCGGCGAGGUCGCCCAUCUGAGGGACGACGUGUCCAUCAUGAACGCCCUCCUCCGCAUGCUCUCCGAGGCCGACGACGGCUCCGUCAACCAUUUCGUUCGCGAGUGGAUGAAGCAGGUCCGCGAGCUCGCCUACGACGGAGAGGACUGCAUCGACAUCUUCGUGCUCCGCAUCAGCUGCGCCCCGCGGAUCCCCCGGAUGCUCGGCGGUGCCCGGCACCUGGUCGUCACGCUUCGGGCACGGCGCCGUCUCGCCGCCGACAUCCAGGCCCUUCGCGCCCGCGCCGCCGCGCUGGGCGAGCGCCGCGUGAGGUACGGCGUCGACGGGCAGACGCUUCGACCGUCCGUGUCUUUCGGCUCCAGUGCCACUGUGGCGUCGUCGUCUGCGGAUGUGGCCCGCGCGAGCACUGCCAACGACCCUGGCCAGUUGGUCGGCAUCAAGGACCAGGUUGAGAGCUUGUCCGACAAGGUGAAAUCCAUGGAGAUGACGAGUGACAAUCAGCCUGACAGGAGGCUCAAAGUGUUCUCCAUCGUGGGGUUCGGGGGACUCGGGAAGACGACGCUUGCCGUGGAAGUGUGCCGCAAGCUGAAGGAGGAGUUCACCUGCCAGGCAAUCGUAUCGGUUUCGCAGGCGUUCCAGCCCAGUAAAGACAUGGCUGGGCUGCUAGGACGCAUCCAUCAACAGGUCAUGAAGGAGAAGAAAGGAUUCCACGAAGAGAUUGCUCCAACCACCACGCUCAGCGAGCUUCUCGCGGAAAAGAGAUGCUGGAGCCCUGGAGCCAGACGCCACCGUCGACGAUGAUUCCUACUACACUGGAGGCGCCUACUACUACGUGCAGGCCGCUGACGACGAC